UAUAGACCGCCGUCUCUUCUCCUUCAUUUCUCCUCCUCCUUCUCCAGCUCUAAGUCAGGUGCAGGUGCAGGUGUGGUCGUCGCCUUCCUCGGAUCGGCUUUACAGCUUCGGAUCGAUUUCAGCGUUGUCUGAGGGUUUGUGAUUGGGUUACAACGUGAGUAAAGAGGGCUAUAUAAAGUGGAAGAUGAUGAGCUCUGCAGUGAUCAAGAAAUGGAAGCCAUUGCAUUCCUCGUUGGACUCUUUAAGCUGCCAGCUUUUGCAGAGAUGUUCUGUAAGCAGGACAGCAAAGGGAAAGGCUAAAAUCAAAGCCGGGCAGCCAUUGAAGCGAUCAAAGGUCACCACAAGAAAGGGGGGGGCUCCAGAUUCGAGUAAAGAAGGACCAAGAAAGCGCAGUGAGUUCGACGAAAUGGUUGAUCAAUGCUUGACUGCAACUCCACCAUUAAGAUUCCUGAAACCUAAGGAAAUGGCUCGGGAAGCUGAGAGGGAGAAGAUGGGGCUGAUAAGCAAAGCUAAUGAGCAGGCGAAACAAAAGCUAAAGAAACAGGGGAAAGAGUUCGAUUCACCUUUUAUCAUGGGGACACCCGGAAUGGAUUUGAUUAGCUUGGGCUUAGUCGAUGCUGAAAAAAUUCCGAAGUACGAACUGACUGUUGAAGAUGGACGGAGGCUUGCUAAGGAGUAUAGCAGAGUUUUGAUGAGGAAACACAGGGCAAGACAGGCUGCAGAAUCGACAUUGUUGCAGUUAAAGAAGGAAGCAAUUGAGGCUCUACCCGAAGACUUGAAAGCAGCGGCUUUGGUGCCUGAUUUAACCCCUUUUCCUGUGAACAGGUUUAUGGCUACUCUAACACCUCCAAUCGAAGGAUAUAUUGAGAAGAUCAACGAGGCAGCUCGGAAGAGUGCUGCCAAGGAGAAACUCAGAUGACGAAAGACACUGUCUGCUGCUUGUGUGCGUUGACGGCGAAAUUUAAGGAAUUCUGAUCGAUCGGUGAAUAGCAGUUGGUUUCUGUUUGUGGUUCGACGGAUCAACAAUGCUUUGGACAGGCCAUGGCCGUGUUUGGAGGCAUAAGUUUGCAGGAUUCAAUAGACUCUUGGUGGUACAUUUAACAUUUAUGGCAAUUUCUUUGCUGUCUCUACAAUUCGACUUGUUUGUGUUACUGAAACAAGACGUAAUUCGCCUCACUCUCUAUUUCAACACUUGCAAAUUUUUGAAUUGAUGCUCCGCAAAAUAUUUUGGGAUAAACUUAUUUUUAUUAUCGUUUAUAGCAACCGUUACGAUUUUA